AUGUGGUUACAUGAUAAGUUUUCCGAUGCUGAAAAUCUAUUGAAAUAUAACCCAAAUUGGGUAUUAUAUACAAUUUCUGAACGAUAUGCUUACUUUACAUUAUUACCAAAACCAAUAUCAGAAUACAAUGUGAAAAAUGCACCUUUUAUUUUCGUAAAACUGUUUACUGAUGCUCGUCAAUUAGCUCGAAUGCCAAUCAAGGAUUUUUGCACGUUUGCAUGUCAUUCAUUGGCACCUAUAAAAGGAAAAGUAGUUUUUUUCACUAAUUGUCCUAGAAGUGGUUCUACACUGAUCACUCAAAUGGUUCAAGUUGGCCAGCAAGUUGUAACUAUUGCAGAACCUAUGACUUUCACGAAUCUAGCAGCUAUGUACUUGAACACAAAUUUUCCUAAAUUAGGAAAGUGGUUAUUCGGAUAUCAAUAUGAAAAAUGUACCACUGAUAAAGUUAAACCACAAGGCUUAUUAGAAUCAACAAUGGUUAUUUUUGGCGCUCCUUAUUCUUUUUUUCUGAAAAAUAGACAUUAUUAUGCUCUUCCUGAAGUAACAUAUGAAAAUUUAGUUUCAAAACCAGAAGACACUCUUAGUGCAGUUUUUGAUGUCUGCGGUAUUUCAAAAUUACUUAUUUCAGAAGCAGUGACUGCAUUGAAUAGAGAUUCACAAGCCGGCACUAUAUUAAGUAGAGAUAAAAUGGCACAAGUGAAAAAUCUUGAACUGACCACAUUAGAUCGAAAAAAACUAAAUGAAUUAGUGAAAAAAAUGGAAUUACCUGAAUCUGUAUUUCAUUUCUAA